GUUAUGCCUUUUGGCCUUACGAAUGCUCUGGCCACGUUCCAAGCAGCUAUGACAAUGGAGUUCCGACACAUGCUGGAUAGAUUCGUACUCAUCUACCUCGACGAUAUCUUGGUGUACAGCCGGAGUUUGGACGAGCAUGUGGAGCACUUGCGCACCGUUUUGGAACGGCUACGACAAGCUAAGUACAGAACCAAACGCGACAAAUGCGGAUUGACGUGGCAAGAGCUUGAGUAUUUGGGACAUUAUGUGACGCCGCAAGGCAUCCGUCCGCUCACGGACAAGAUUGAGGUCAUCCGCGUGUCAGUCGUAUUCGACAACGACACACGCCGGUCAUUCCAAGCACUUAAGAGGGUCAUGCUCAUGGCACCCAUCCUUAGCAUCUACGACCCCACCUUGCCAACGAGAGUGACGACUGACGCUUCCGGCUAUGGCAUUGGGGCAGUCUUGGAACAACACGACGGCGACGACUGGCAUCCUAUGGAGUAUUUCAGCCACAAGGUGCCUCCCAUCAACUCACUUAAUGAUGCAAGGAAGAAGGAGCUUCUCGUGUUCGUGAUGGCUCUCAAGCGAUGGCGACACUUCCUCCUUGGGCGUCGAAGGUUCAUAUGGGUCACGGACAACAACCCGUUGACCUACUACAAGACGCAAGAUACGGUGAGCAGCACGAUCGGACAAUGGAUGUACUUCAUCGACCAAUUUGACUUCACACCGAAACAUCUCGCCGACCUCUCCAAUCACGCAGCUGAUGCACUCUCGCGAAGACCCGAUCUUUGCGCUAUGACACAUCAUGCCUUCGCGUUCGACGAGGAACUCCAGUGGCACUUCAUCCGGGGUUAUGAGUCUGAUCCGGAUUACACCACACUCUACGCGCAAUUAUCUUCGGAUCACCCGCCGGCCAGCCACUAUCACAUCGCCGAUGGGUACUUGCUUCUCCAUUCGCGAGGCAAUGACUUAUUGUGUGUCCCACGAGAUCGUCGUCUUCGAACUUGCCUUUUCGGCGAGUACCACAACUCUCGACUCGCCGACAAUUUCGGAGUUAAUCAGACUAUCGCACGACUUCCGCAACGAUUCCGGUGGUCCGACCUCAUUACUGAUGUCACUCAGUAUUGCGACUCUUGCAAAGUUUGUCGACGAAGCAAGCUUCGCAACCGCAAUCCCUACGUGGACAGCGGUACUCAAUGGGAUGCAUUAUGUUCCGUAGCCGGCGCCGAGCCGACGGCAGUACAACAGGAGAGACAAAACCUGGCAGACAUUCUACUAAACACAAUGCGAGCAGACAUCUGGAACAGCACCAUGGGGGAGCUUCAUUCCAGUUCUACACGGCAGCUGCAGCACGAUCUUAGCCAUAACGUGAAGACGCUUGCAGCAGCCGUCAAGAUCGCGGACUCCCAGCUGAAACUGAUGGACACCCGCAUUGCUGCUCUGGAGGCAAGGCCUUCCCAAGCAGCGCCAGGCUGCACGACAGACACGGCGAAGCAGCUCAACGAACGCAUCGACCAUGUCGUCAAUCUCAUCGGCGAACUAGGUGCUUUCACUGGUCCAGACACGAUCAGCAGCACGGUGGCCGCCAUCAAGACGGACAUCACCAAGCUGCAGACAAGACCAGAUGCCACUACAAAGAACUACAAGAUGCCGCACUUCAACAUCAGCAAGUUCGACGACUACAACAAGACGGACGCCUUGAGAUGGUGGCAAGGCUUCCUUACGGAAGCAUCCUGCCGCACUAUCCCGGCUGAAGACAUGAUGAAGGCGCUCUACCUACAACUGAUUGGAGGAGCACAGGCAUGGAUGAACCAUCUUGCGGCCACCAAGCAAUGCACCAUCGCCGAACUCCACACGCACAUUACGUGGAAGGAGUUCGAGCAACUAUGGUUCACUCGAUUUAUGGUCCGCAACGUCGUGAAGGCGGCCAUGAACGAGGUGUUCACCAGCUCACAAGGAAGCAUGCCAACUCGAGACUGGACGAUCAAGUGGCAGAAGAUAGUGACCACGCCAGGUUUUGAUUUGAGUUUUCCAAACCAACGAUCCGAGUUCUUCUCUCGAUCGUGCGCAGGACUGCCAACCGCACUCGGCAACGAGUACGAUUAUGCCUCAUUCCAGGCUAUUCUGGAUCGUGCGAACCUAGUCAUCCAAACGGAUGACAAGGCCGCUAACGAACGACAGUCCCAGCCGCACUAUGUGGCUAAGCAGGGCUAUCAACGACCGACACAUAACAAUGUCGUGAUUUCUGAAGAAACUAUUGAUCUCCACGCUGCAGCAGCACCCUCGAGUGAUGGAGGGACUGUCGCAGCGCUCCCGCAGGAGCGUCCCAAGAGAGUUCGGAAGAACAAGGCGACACAAGCGACGACAUCGACGGGAACUGGGCAGCAACCAUGGAUGACGUUCAACAUAACCAAGGAAGUAUUUGAUCUUCGUCAACGCGAACUCGGGAAACUGAGUUGCGCAAGGAGAGAGGCGACAUCUCUCCUCACUCCGCCGGAACCGGUUGCCUUGCUAGCAACCGAUAUCACUAUCGGGGAGCAUGCGUUAGUCGCUGAUUCCCGUGCUACGUACGAGGAUUAUACCGCCCAGCUGGUACCACCAUUAGACCAGCCGAGCCACGUCAACUUAGAUUGCGUAUGCGCAGCCUGUACACCGUUGGCAAGUGAUCCAGUCAGCUCGCCACUGAUUUCCGAGGACUCGACGGCGUGGUCAAGACUUGAGGAGCUUGACCCGCUCACGAGAGAGGACUUCGCUUGGAUGCCUCUACCCUCAACAGGAACCUUGCCAAGGCCGCAUUGCAAUGCCUUGAUGGCAAAUCUACGCUCCUAUUUGCACGCUACAGUACCAGCUCCGUUAACGGACGACGGGAUAGCGGUUGUCGAUCUCCGCUCCUAUCUUGCGAAGAUUGACCGCGAGUACGCCACCCAAAGGUACGCCGAAACCGACGCUUCUUUGCUCUAUAUCCGCAUUCAAAUCGGAAAGGCAGCCUGUAGUGCCUUGAUUGAUUGCGGAGCGUCUCGCAACUUUAUGAGCCAAGCCUUUAUGGCCCGCGCAGGCCUUGGCCCGGGCGUUCGAAGGAAGACGCAACCCACGCAAGUUACACUUGUGGACGGCCGCACGCAAAAGUCAAUUGACCGAUGCGUCGACGACGUUCUAGUAUACUUUGCGCCACUUGCGUGCGAGCCGGUGUCUUUUGACAUCCUCGACACCAAGUUCGACAUGAUUCUAGGCAUGUCUUGGUUGCGUAGCGCCGAUYAUCCGGUGAACUUCCAUGACCGRACCGUUCACAYCCGUGAUCGGAACGGAGUGUUAGUCCCAUGUACGGUCGCGACCCCUCACACUUCGAUUGCUUGUCACGUGGUUUCCGUUGCGAGAAUUCGGGACGCCAUAGCUCGGAAUGACGUCGAGGAGAUGGGCCUUGUAUUCUUGCAUGCUCUCCCCUCGCCGGACGGCCCAGCCGCGUCACCGCCGGACACACGCAUUUCUCACCUCUUGGACGAGUAUGGAGACGUCUUUGAGGCUUCCACCGAAACGGUUUCCGAUCGGCCCAUACGUCACGGGAUCACUCUCGAGGCUGGUGCCGUCCCUCCGCGUGGAUGUAUCUACCGCAUGAGCGAAGAGGAACUCGAGGUGCUUCGCGCACAACUCGAUGACCUCCUCGACAAGGGCUGGAUUCGCCCUAGUUGUUCGCCUUACGGUGCCCCAGUUCUCUUCGUCCGGAAGAAGAACAAAGAUCUACGGUUAAUCGACUAUCGCAAACUUAACGCACAAACCGUAAAGAACGCCGGCCCUCUCCCUCGGAUUGAUGAUCUCCUUGAGCGGUUAGGCGGCGCGACGUACUUCUCGAAGUUGGACUUGAAGUCGGGUUACCACCAGAUUGAAAUCCAGCCUCAAGAUCGGUACAAAACCGCGUUCAAGAUGCGGUACGGACAUUUUGCGUGGGUUGUCAUGCCGUUUGGCCUCACCAAUGCCCCCGCGACUUUCCAAGCAGCUAUGACGACUGAGUUUCGCGACUUGCUCGAUCGCAGCGUCCUCAUCUACCUCGAUGACAUCUUGGUUUAUAGUAGGACGUUGGACGAGCACAUCCUACACCUUCGCGCUGUUUUGGAUCGGUUGCGACUGGCCAAGUACAAAGCGAAUCUCGACAAGUGCGAGUUCGCCAAGCAGGAGCUUGAGUACUUGGGUCACUAUGUUACGCCGAACGGCAUUCGUCCCUUAGCGGACAAGAUCCAAGCCAUCGUGGAUUGGUCAGAACCCCGUUGCACGACGGAUGUACGCUCUUUCAUGGGUUUGGCUGGAUAUUAUCAGAGAUUCGUCGAGUCAUACUCGAAAGUGGCCGCCCCCUUGUCGAGACUUCAGUCCCCAAAGGUGCCCUUCGAGUUCAACGACGCAGCCCGUGGCGCGUUCACUGCGUUGAAGGCAGCAAUGCAAGUCGCACCUUCCCUCCGUGUAUACGACCCCACCCUUCCCACCCAAGUGACUACGAACGCUUCGGGAUACGGUAUUGGUGCGGUGUUGGAACAGUGUCACGAGGACGGUUGGCAUCCGGUCGAGUAUUUCUCCCAAAAGGUGCCUCUCGUCAACACUCUUGACGACGCUAGGAAGAAAGAGCUACUCGCGUUCGUCGCCGUUCUCAAACGGUGGCGCCACUUUCUUCUCGGCCGUCGGCGUUUCAAAUGGAAUACGGACAACAAUCCGUUGACCUUUUAUAAAACACAAGACACGGUCACCAGCACGAUCGGUCGAUGGAUGUAUUACAUCGACCAGUUCGAUUUUGACCCGUGUCACAUCCCCGGUCCCACCAAUCGAGCUGCGGACGCCCUCUCACGACGGCCCGACUUUUGUGCCAUUGUGACCACGGCAUUCGACCUCGAUGACGAUCUGCAGCCGCGUUUCGUCAAAGGCUACAAGUCCGAUCUGACUUACUCUAAGCUUUACGCGGAGCUUUCAUCGGAUCACCCACCGGCUAGCCACUAUCGGAUUUCCGACGGGUUCCUUCUCCUUYACACGAGAGGAAAGGACUUGUUAGUUGUGCCCCAAGAUCGCAUCUUACGGACUCAAGAUUACGUAGAGGGAAUCCAGGCGUAUUUCCGCCUAGAGAAAGAUGGGAAAGUGGAGAAGGUCCUCCACUCCCUGACUCUCCUCGUAGAGGACAGGCUCCCAUUUGACAUUGUCCUGGGAAUGGACUGGGGAGAGGCAGCCGGGGCCACGCUCCAUUUGAAGGAGCACGAGUGUAGGCUCCCUAGUUCGUUAGGCGAGGCCAAGACUGCCCGCCUGUUCCAUGUGUCAGGGGUAGAGAAUUCCUUGGCGCACUGCUGCCUUAGUGCCCCCGCGUUCGCCAGACUGGUGAAGAAGGAGGGAUUGGAGGAACAGGUCUUUGUUGCCUAUGUUAGGCCAGUGACUGAGCCUACGGAGGAGAAGCCGAUGGACCCCGCGAUUGCUAAGCUGCUGGAAGAGUUUAAGGAUUUGACUGAGCCGCCGACAGGCACGGUGCCGCGGCCCAUCCAGCACCGUAUUGAGAUAGAGCCUGGCAGUAGAACUCCUAAGGGUGCGGUGUAUAGGAUGUCCCCGCGGGAGUUAGAGGAGCUGCGAAAACAGUUGGACGAGCUCCUUGAAAAGGGUUGGAUUAGGCCCAGUUCGUCUCCUUUUGGAGCCCCUGUUCUCUUUGUACCUAAGAAAGAGGGAGAGCUAAGGAUGUGUAUAGACUAUAGGGUUCUGAAUGCCAUUACAGUGAAGAAUGCUGAGCCACUGCCUAGGAUAGACGAUCUCUUAGAUCGAGUGCAGGGGGCGAAGUAUUUCUCCAAGAUAGAUUUGAAGUCCGGAUAUCAUUAGAUAGAGGUACAUCCUGACGAUCAGUACAAGACGGCCUUCCGGACUAGAUAUGGGCACUACGAGUUCAUAGUGAUGCCCUUUGGACCUGUCUCUUAUACACAUCUAGAUGUGUAUAAGAGACAGGGACAAAGACUACAGCCCUAAAGAAGUUAGUAUCCGGUCCUUAAGGUCGCCGAUCCGUCCUUGCCUUUUGUCGUUACUACGGAUGCUAGCCAGUACCGCAUAGGCGCAGUGUUACAGC